CACUUCUUACCUUCACCUCUGUCCUGUCAACCUCGGCCCUUCUUCUUCCCUUGUACAAAUUAGUUGGUUACCGUUGUCCUUUGCUAUUAGCCUGAGCUCUCCAGACAAUCUCCAGGUUGCUGGAAACCCUCCAGUCUAUCCCAGCUUGCUGUUCUUUCUCUACCCCAACUGCCACAUCCCGCAACUUUUCAUCCUCUCACCCCACCAUGAGCUCCCAUGUCGUGGUCCUAGACUCAACAGCGCGAAGGGCGACGGUCAAGACUACCCCGGGCAAGCACCUGACCGACAUCCUGCAAGAGGCCUGCACCAAACUUGGUGUAGACCCCAGUCAACAUGGGCUGAAGUACAAAGGUAAAGAGCUCGACAUGUCGCUCGUCUUCCGGCUAUCGGGACUCACCUCCGGUGCCAAGCUGGAGCUGGUUCAGUCGUCCCGGUCCCCGUCUGUCGUCACUGUCGCGUUACAACUCCCCGAAUCGGAAGCACGAGGGGCGCCCAACGGACGUCUCAUGGACAAGUUCCCGAGCACAACAACGAUCUGGUUCAUUUUGCGGAAAUUCGAGGCGGGCGUUGCGGGCGGUGCUACAACCCGCAAUCUGACGGGCCGGGGUGUACCAAGUGGCAAUGAGGGCGCAGGUAGACUAUACUACGAAACACCGGUGGUUCAAGUGCUACAAAGGGAAUUAUCCUCUCUCACAGACUUUCAAAAGUCGCUAGCACAGUUGGGUUUCAACAGCGGGAACGUGCUACUGAGGCUCAGCUUCCGGCGAACGGAAGAGCCAUUAGAGGAAGCGAUGGUCAAGAUCCAGGAAUACUUCCAGUCCUCCGAGGACAUAGUUCCAAAGCAAGAGGAGCUGCCUGCAUCUACAGAAAAGCCCCUCGAGAAUGGUAUCCCCGAACAGCGGGACCCCGAGCCCGAGACCGAAUCUGCCAAUACGUCCACGGCCGUGUCGGUGCCAGAACAACCCGCCCCUCCUGCACCCCAAUCUACUAUAACAUCCGCAGGUCCCUCCGAAGUCCCCGCUGGCUUCUCCCGGCCCGUGACGGUCUUCUCUCCCCCAUCCGGCGACACGCCUCAGUCCGCACAAACCACCUACAACGAAGCCGACUACAUCCCAUCAGUAGACCACGCACAAGCCCACCAACGACGGCUCAACGCCGCUUCGCGACCGCAACGACUCCCCACCGACGCCGAGAUCGCCGCCAAAGCCGCCGCCGAGCAGGAAAAGUUGGCGGCCGUGACCGAGGUAGAGGUGAAGGUCCGUCUCCCCGACCAGAGCCAAGUCGUCGCCAAGUUCGGCCGGCAAGACACGGGGCGGGCGCUGUACGAUUUCGUGCGCAAUUGUCUCGCCGCGCCGUUCGCCGGCGCCGAGAGAUUCACCAUCACAUACCUUCCACUGGGAUCCGUUGGCUCGCGCGGCGGCGGCGGCGGAAGCGGCCGGAAAAUCCAGGAGGUGAUUCCGGACUCCGAGCAGACGCUCCUGAUCCGAGAUCUGGGCUUGGCAGGCCGGGUGUUGGUCAACUUCAGCUGGGACGAGAGUGCUUCCCCGGCGGCUCACGCGGGCCGCGAGCUUCUGAAGCCCGAGCUGCGGACCCGGGCCCAGGUGAUCAAGGUGGAGCAGCCCCCUGAGGUGAUGGACACCGCCGAAAACGUGCGUAGCCGGACACUGGGGGCCACCAGCAAUGAGAGCAAGACGGGGGAGAAGCGGAAACCCGGCGGCAUACCCAAGUGGUUGAAGUUGCCUGGCAAGAAAUGAAAGAGAUGAUUCAUGAUAUAUCCAUCAUGUAAGGAAGUUCGACUUUAGAUAAUG